AUGCUUACUGCUGCUAUUAGAAGUACAUUUCUGCAGGCGCAACCUCAGCUUUUUCCCACUUUGGCUAUAUGUGGAAAGAUAGCUAGUCGUCAGUUCAGUACAACUGCCUUAAGACCAAUGAGAGGUUUACUUUACUACGGAAGAAAAGAUGUCAGAUACUCUGAAGAUGCUCCAGAACCAAUGGUGAAAAAUGAUAGUGAUGUGAAGAUUAAAAUUGCCUAUUGUGGUAUCUGUGGAACUGACCUUCAUGAAUAUUUGGAUGGUCCUAUCUUCUUCCCAAAGAAUGGAGCAAAGGACAAGAUUUCCGGCAUGAAACUUCCAUUGGUGGAAGGUCACGAGCUUUCAGGAACCGUCGUUGAAGUUGGUAACGGUGUUAAAAAUGUCAAAGUUGGCGACCGAGUGGUCGUUGAAGCUUCCGGUCAUUGCUCUGACAAAGCUCGUUAUAAAGGCAGUGUUAAGCAGGUUAAAGAGUAUUGCAAUUCCUGUAAAAAAGGGAUGCCUAACAUUUGCAGAGACAUGAAUUUUUUGGGAUUAGGUGUUGCACCAGGUGGAUUUGGUGAAUACAUCGUUUACGGUGCUGACCAUGUUCUUAAAGUUCCAUCAAGUAUUCCAAUUGAUGUUGCUGCAUUGGUUGAGCCUAUUUCUGUGGCAUGGCAUGCCGUUGAAAACUCUAAUUUCAAGCCUGGUCAGACGGCAUUGGUUUUAGGAGGAGGACCAAUUGGAUUGGCUGCCAUUUUGGCUUUGAAAGGCCACAAAGCAGGUAAGAUUGUUUGCUCAGAGCCUGCCAAACUAAGAAGAGACUUUGCCGAGAAAUUGGGAGCAGAGGUGUUUAACCCAAUGGAACAUAAGAAUAUUAAUGCCGAUUUAAAGGCUUUAGUUCCCGAAAAUGAAGGUUUCCAUGCUUCGUUCGAUUGUUCCGGCGUUCCUGCAACCUUCGCCACAUCCAUUGAAGCUUUGAGUUCUGGAGGAACGGCUGUUAAUGUGGCCAUUUGGGCAGAUAAGCCAAUCCAGUACAGACCAAUGGCAUUGAGUUUUGAGGAAAAACAUGCAACAGGUUCGAUGGGAUAUUUGGUGAAGGACUUUGAGGAUGUUUUGGAUGCCAUGGAUAAAGGUCUUAUCCCUAUUGAAUCUGCUAGAAUGUUGAUUACAGGUAAGGUUCCAUUAGCCAAUACUAUUGAUGUUGCUUACAAAAAUUUGAUUGAGCACAAGGAGAGCAAUGUCAAGAUUUUGGUGUCUCUAACUGAUGAGCCAACUGAUAUAUAG